AUGUCUUGGCCAAGUGGCCUAGGAAUUGCUCUCACAGAACCAUCCGUCUCAUCAAUAGCACAUACUGAAACGGGUGACAUUGCGCGAAUCUUCCAAGAAAGACAUGUCGUGAGUCAAGGUCUUCAUCAGCGGCACAUUCAAAUGAUUGGCUUAGCUGGUACUGUCGGCUCUGGGCUUUUUCUCAACUCUGGCCAAGCCCUCGCAAUGGGAGGACCCUUAGGUGCCUUCCUUGGCUAUUCUAUUAUGGGGCUUGCUGUUUCUAGUGUCGUCCUCAUAAUCGGAGAGAUGGGUACCUUAGUGCCUCUCAGUGGAGGCCCUGUUCGAUAUUCAGAGUUGUUUCUCGACCCUGCCAUGUCCUUCGCAAAUGGAUGGAACCAAGUAUGCUCGUACCUGGUCACUAUCCCUGCUGAGAUCGUGGCGGCAUCGAUCUUAGUCGAAUUUUGGAGUUCUGUCAGUAGCGCAGUAUGGAUCACGGUUUUCGGUAUACUUAUACUGGUGACUGCGUUAUUGUUUAUUCGAUUUUAUGGAGAGCUUGAGUUUGUUUUUGCAAUGUUGAAGAUCGUCCUGAUCAUUGGGGUCGACAUUAUGGCACUAGUGAUAACCUGUGGUGGAGGUCCAAGUGGCCAAUCAAUUGGAUUCAGAUACUGGAAGAAUCCAGGGCCUUUUGUCCAAUAUCUUGGUAUCAAUGGUUCCUUGGGUCGAUUUCUCGGUUUCUGGUCAACUCUGAAUAACGCAACAUUUGCAUACGCAGGUGUUCAAAAUAUCACCCUUGCGGGAGCCGAGACGAGAUCUCCAAAGCGCGCUAUUCCGAAGGCAUCAAGGCGGAUCUUGAUUCGGAUUUUCAUUUUCUAUGUUCUUUCCAUAUUUAUGAUUGGUCUUGUUAUUCCUUCAAAUGACCCAUACCUUAUCCAUACAACCGGCACGGCUUCCCAGUCUCCGUUUGUUCUGGCCGCUAACCGGGCAGGAAUACGGGAUAUACCUUCAAUCAUCAAUGCUGCUAUAAUUGCUUCUGCUUGGUCUGCUGGAAAUUCUUUUAUGCUCUUUGGCUCCCGAAUUCUCUUCGGCAUGGCAAUGCAAGGAUCUGCUCCAGCUUUCUUUGUCCGGCUGAAUUGUUUCAGGGUUCCGUAUGCAGCCAUUACCUUUUUCGGCUUAUUUAUGUGCCUAGGGUAUAUGGUUGUCUCUAACACAGCAGUAACAGUUUUUAGCUGGUUACAGGCCCUUGUGGGAGUCUCGACAUUGAUUGAUUGGAUAGUCAUUUGUGUUGUUUACCUUCGAUUCUACUACGGUUGCAAGAAGCAAAGAAUCGACCGACAUAAAGAACUCCCGUGGGCUGCGCCAUUUCAACCUUUUUCAACUUGGGCUUCACUUGUUCUGUUCCUGCUCCUGCUUUUCACCGGAGGGUUCAGCACAUUCAUUCGUGGUCAUUGGAAUGCUGAAAGAUUUGUCUCAGCAUACAUCAAUAUUCCGAUAUUUCUGAUUCUUUACUUUGGCUACAAGUGGUGGGGCAAAACACAUAUCAUCACUUUAAGGAAAAUUCCGAUUGUUGGCUUGAUGCAGUUCUCCCUCAGCCAGGAAGCCUCUGAGCCCGAACCGCCACCAAAACGGAAAUUUGAGAAGUUUAAUAUUCUCUGGUCAUAA